AUGUUAUUGGUUGCUCAAACAGCCAAACCUAGCCGAAGCUUCAACGUUCUUAUGGGCAAAGUUUUGCGGGCCCGCACUCUCUGGCUUAUAGCCGAGGAUCAUGGUGGUCAUCAUGUGGCGGUCGCCAGGUUGGCUGUUGUCCUGGCGGUGCUCAAGGGCUUCAUCCUCAUAAUAGAAGCCCAACAGAAAACCCAUUCUCGCGAGUGGAAAGCUCAUCAUAGCCCUGAAGAAGCGAGCGGCAUCUGGAGCUUGUCAACCUACUCAUGGCUUGUUGAUUUAUUUCUCUCCGGUUUCAAGUCCAUUCUUACGAUGGACGAUUUGUAUGCUCUUGAUGGAAGCAUGUCAGCCUCCAACCUGCAGGCAAAGAUUGAGAAACAACGGUUGGGAAACCUUUCGACGGGCAAGCCCGCGUCGCUCAACCGGCAAUUGUUCUCCGCUUUAUCUAUGCCUUUACUUCUACCCGUGGUACCCAGGCUGGCUGUCAUUGGGUUCACCUUUUGUCAGCCUUUCCUAAUGGAGACUGUCCUUCAAUACCUUCAAUCUCCGGGCGACGCCAACCAUGGUUAUGGCCUCAUCGCUGCCACUAUCAUUAUUUAUGGUGGCAUCGCGAUCUCAAACGCUUUGUACUUCUACUGGCAAGAAAGAUUUGCCUGCAUGGUACGCGGCAUUCUUUUCACCGCCAUUUAUGACAAGACAGUUUCACUGCCCGCCGACGUUGCCGCCAAUUCCACGGCACUCACGCUGAUGAAUAGCGAUGUCGAACGUGUCAAGAUGGGGCUCCUGCCAAUUCAUGAGUACUGGGCCAACGCCGUUGAGCUGGCCUUGGCCUGCUGGCUGUUGGAGCAAAGAAUUGGUGUUGCCUUUGUGGCACCCAUCGCGGUUGUUAUUGUCUGUAUCCUCGCUUCAUCAGGGGUAGCUUCAGCCACCGGCCGCCGUCAGGUUGCUUGGAUGCAGGCUAUCGAAGAGCGUGUCACUGCCACAGCCGUCACGAUAUCAAGCAUGAAGCCGCUACGGAUCUCGGGUAUGACAGUUGCCGUGGAGAAUUUGAUUCAAGCGCUUCGCCACCGCGAGCUGAAAAUCGGAGGAAAGUGGCGCCUCAUGCUCGUCAUUGCAGUCACCCUCUCAUUCACGCCCAUGACGAUUGGCCCGCUCAUGGCUUUUGCAGCCACAUCUCGCACGCUAGAGGUCACACGCAUCUUCCCAGCUAUGGCUUUCAUAACGCUUUUGGCUGCCCCUCUGGUCAGUUUGUUCCAGAAUAUUCCGGCAUUGAUGUCAGCCAUUGCUUGCCUGGGCCGCAUCAAUGCUUAUGUGAAGCUAGAUAGCCGUAUGGACAGCCGCACGACCCUACAACCCAUCCCGCCAGCUGCUGAGAAGACAGGCGCGGCUCAAACGACUCUAGCGCUUGAGGUGAAGGAAGGACACUUCGGAUGGAGUCAACGAGAGAAUAUUUUAAGACAUGUCAACUUUGCUGUACCGGCGUCGUCACUCAUCGUCAUUGUUGGUCCUGUUGCAUCAGGAAAAUCAACUCUGCUCAAAGCUCUGCUCAGUGAGACAACUUUCUGUUCGGGUGAAAUUGCAUUCGGAGUGAAUUCUCGUAUAAUAGGAUUCUGCGAUCAAACACCUUUCUUGCUGAACGACACAAUCCGAGCCAACAUUGUCGGCAACUCUCAGCCCGAUGAAACACGAUACCAACAAGCCUUACAUGCCACCGCUCUUGUGCCUGACUUGAGCAAGUUCUCACAAGGCGACCACACAAAGGUCGGCGAUGGCGCCAUUUCUCUGAGUGGCGGCCAAAAGCAACGCCUAGCUCUGGCUCGAGCUCUCUAUUCAAAGGCAGAAUUAUAUUUACUAGAUGAUGUUUUGAGCGGCCUAGAUGUGUCCACCUCAGCUCUGGUUUUCCAAAGGACCCUCGGUCCAGGAGGCCUCCUUCGCCAACGGAAGGCUACUGUAAUCUUCUGCACCCACGAUGAGCGAUACCUGCCCUUUGCCGACAAGGUGCUUACCAUCAAUGCGAGCGGCCUGAUUUCAGAGCGUAUCAGUGUCACGGAGGCCGUUUUCAGAAGUGACUUUCAGAGAUUGAGAGGAUAUGAUGGACCUGUCUCAUCCAUUCUCGGAGAAACGAAAGAAGCUACCGACAACACAUCAGAAUCAAAUCAUUCGACAGAAGCUGACAGGCCCGCCACAACGCGUCAACAGGACGCGUCGCGACAGAUGGGAGACUUUUCAGUCUCUUUUACCUUCGACAUCACGACAAGUACGACUGCUGGACUUGGAAAGCAAGCUCCGCUGUACGCACAUUUCAUCGAGACACUCUCAGGGCUCAUCACCCUUCGGGCUCUUGGUUUGAUUGAUGUUGCAAUGGCUACCAGUAGCCGGCUGCUAGACAUGAGCCAAAGGCCAUCAUACCUUUUGGCUAUGAUUCAGCGCUGGCUUCAGCUCGUCCUGCGGAUGAUUGUCAUGCUUCUCGCAGUCAUCGUUGUGACACUAGCCACACAGUUGCGUACGGAUUCCGGCUUCACCGGAGCUACCCUUUUAACGCUCAUGGCCUUUGGCGACAUGCUAGCAACGAUUGUGCAAUCAUACACCACUCUCGAAACAAGCAUAGGAGCGGUCGCUAGGUUGAAAACAUUCAGCUCGUCUACUGAGAUAGAGUCUCAGCCGGAUGAAUAUGUGGAGCCGGAUGCACCAUGGCCUGAGAGAGGUCAAAUCGAAAUCAGGGACGUGACGGCGUCUUACAGGUCAGCUGAUGGUCAGGAUUUUCCACGUAUUUCAUCUAACACACGUUCCAGCGGAGAAAUAUCACUGGGUACAAAUGAAAUAGCCCUUCGCGAUCUUAAUCUCACUUUUGCCGCGGGUGAGCGCACAGCAAUUGUGGGAAGGACGGGAAGUUUGGGGUUGAUUACCAUCGAUGGUAUCUCUUUGAAGACGGUUGAUCGGGACGUCUUGCGUCGUCGCGUCAUCGCCGUCUCCCAGGACCCGGUAUUCCUGCCACCAUGCUCUUGCUCAACCUUGCGCAGCAACCUGGAUCCCUUUGGUGAGGCUCCAGAGCAUGAUAUCCUGGCAUCUUUGAAGUUGCUCGGGCUCGAAUUUCUCAUGAAAGAUGAAGGCUCCUCAGACCCGACUUCGGAAACAUGGGAGCUCCCAUUCUCACACGGCUCACUUAGCCAAGGACACAAACAAUUGUUCAGUCUGGCGAGAGCAGUAGUCAGGCUGCGAAUCCGCCAACGCUCAGGCGCCUGCGGAGGACUCCUAAUCCUUGACGAGGUAUCUUCCAGCGUCGACUCUCAAACCGACGAAAAGAUGUUGCGAAUCAUUCAACAAGAAUUUGCCGGGUAUACCGUUAUCAUGAUCGCACACCGACUUGAUCUGGCUAUGACUUGUGAUCAGGUGCUUGUGAUGGAGGAAGGGCGUGUAUGCGAAAGCGGGCAGCCUAGCGAACUGAGCAGCCGGGAAGGCGGGAAGUUUAAGAUGCUGAUGGAUACGGGAGAGUUCGUUUCAUGA